GGAGGCUUCGUUACUCUACGUCUGAGCUUUUCUGUGGCUGAGAGAAAUGGUCAGGUCCGGAUCUCGACCGGGCCAGGUGUUAUCUUCAGGAAGACAGCCUGGAUCUGCUAAGUUAACAAAUGGAAAGAAGGGGAUUAAUUUAAGAAAAACAGCACGUAUUAAUGCAGAAUCUGGCUAUCCCAUUCAUUCUGAUUCAGAAAGUCAGAGUGAAACUGCACACGGACUUGACGGCUGUGCUUCUUUGCUGCGGGAUAUUUUGAGAAAUGAAGAUUCAGGUUCAGAAAUACCAUUUUCAGAAAAUAGAUAUAAGUCCAGACCUUUAGCAGGCAAAAACUGUGGAUCUAAAAAGAAAGGACAUGAAAAACAUAUUGCUCCAUCUAUAGUUCGAAAGGAAAUACUCUCUUCAAAUAAGAAACAGAUUCCUAAUGAAGCGUCUUCUGGGAGUGAAAGAGACACAGCAGACUUAGCACAAAAUUGUUCAUUGCAAGAUUAUAGGUUGUACUCACCAAUGAUAUACCAAGCCCUCUGUGAGCACGUGCAAACUCAAAUGUCACUGAUGAAUAACUUGCCUGCAAAGAAUGACCCUCAUGGAGUUCCUGCUGUCCCUUGCCAUAGUAUGCCUGGCUCUGAAUCUCAGGCAACAUCGUGCCCUGGUCAUGGCUCUUGCACCUCUGGCCCGAUCCACGCAACCCAGCCGCAGUCCUGCUCCCCAGUGGUUUGUUGUGAAGUACAGACAAAUGGUGAUAACCAGCUUGGAUCACAAGGUCAAACAACUUCUGCAAACUAUCCUUCUGCUCCCAGGAAUGCAUUCAGUAUCCAUCCUGGAGUUCCCUGUAGCUCACCCCACACUGGCAGAGCUGCUAUUCCAACAUGGCAGCAGCUGAGUCUUGCUAAUUGGAUUCUACCACAACAAAGAGUCCCUAAAGAAGCAGACCUUCUGAAGUGUUUGCAAACACAUAUGUCUCUGCUUCAAUCUCAUGGAAAAGAAAUUUUCCCGGACAGUCAGACACACCAGAGACCCACUCAAUCACACCCAGCCUUCUUGGCCACUAAUGAAGAAAAGUGUGCCAAAGAACAAAUUGGAGAGGCCACAAAUGAAGGAAAGUAUUCAAACAUACAUGUUCAAGAUGCAAAAAUAGCCAAGGAUGUACAGAAGGCAAAAAAUGUGAACUACGCUGCUGACAAAGUUAGAACUGUAAAGUAUUUGUUGGGAGAGCUCAAGGCCCUGGUAACAGAACAAGAGGAUUCAGAAACUCAGAGAUUGGUAACAGAAUUGGAAUCAUGUAUAUCUGGGCUUCUAGAAGUAAAUGGACACACAAAUAUUCAAGUUGAAAUAGCACUGGCCAUGCAGCCAUUGAGAAAUGAAAAUGCUCAUUUACGAAGGCAAUUGAGAAUUAUGAAUCAACAUCUCAGAGAGCAAGAAGAAACCCGAAAGGCACCUGGCAAUCUUGAAUUGUUUUCCCUUAAGUUACUGAAUCUGAUACUACAAAAUCAACUGGAGGAGUCCCUGAAGAGCCAGGGACUGCUACACAAUAAAAAUGAAGAGCUCUUAAAAGUAAUAGAAGAUCAGAGAAGUGAAAACAAAAAAUUAACUGGUAUAUUUAAAGACAAAGACCAAGCUCUCCUUGAAAAUAAACAGCAAUUUGACAUUGAGAUGACAAGGAUGAAAAUUGAAUUGGAGGAAGCCUUAGCCAAUAUGAAAAAUGCUCAGCUUAAGUUAGAAACGACUGAAAAAGAAAAUCAGAUAUUAGGAAUAACACUACGCCAGCGUGAUGCUGAAGUUUCUCGACUGAGAGAAUUAACCAGAACUUUACAGAACAGCAUGGCAAAGCUGCUCUCAGAUCUUAGUAUGGACACUGUUCGCUGCAAGCCUGGGAAUAGCCUUACUAAGUCUCUUCUGAAUAUUUAUGAUAAACAACUUCAGCAGGACCCAAACCCUCUUCACACUUCCAUAAUGAGCUACCUAAGUAAGUUAGAAACAGAUCACCAAUUUACACACUCAGAGCUACUUUCUACAAUUAAACAUGAGAACGCCAUGGAACCAAACAGACCUUAUGAAAACAUUCAGCCCGCUCAAGUCCCUCCAAGUGGUGACACCAAGGUCAUAGAUGAGGUAGCUGCGCCUGGAAUCCUUUCUACCCGUUUAGAGCAGGCUUCUGAUUCAGAAUGUGAAACUAUGACUUUAAUAGAAGAUGAGUAUAAUUUGGAUAACACAAUUUAUAUUCCUUUUGCAAGAAGUACUUCUGAAAAGCAUCCCUCACUUUCUAAGAGAUCAUCUCCUCAGCCAAAGGUAAGUGCUGCUACAUCACAGCUCGUUGACAACAGUGCACUUAUCUCCCAGAGAGAAAAUAAACAGAGUGGACCUGUGGUUUGUUCUUUGCAAAACAAAGCAGAAGAUGUGCCUCAAAACCCACCCAGAACACCUGACAGGGAGGAUAUACAGCUCCUCAGGAAAAUAAAGGAAGCACUUAGUAAGAUCCCGGCUGCUGCCACGCAGGACCCAGAGAAAGAGACGACGGAUCCCAGCCCAUCACCAUGUCACGUUACUGGUGUUCAAGGGAAAGGCAAUGUUGUCAGUGAUGGCAGCUUUUUAAAUUCUGACUUCAUGUCCGACUGGAGCAUCUCUUCUUUAUCAACAUUCACUUCUCAUGACGAACAAGACUUCAGAAAUGGCCUGGCAGCAUUGGAUGCCAACAUAGCAAGACUCCAGAAGUCAUUGAACACUGGCCUUCUGGAGAAAUGAGAAGAAAACUUAAAUAUUUCCUGAUUUUAAAAAUAGAACUUGGCCUGAUUGAUGGUAUAUUUUAACUUUCUUUAGAGUGAUGACUUUUUAGAUUAUUAAUUAUGUAUGAAAUUAUAAUUAAUUUACUGUUGGAAUAUUUUAACAGUGUGGCUUAUAUAAAAACAAGUUAUCUUAACAAAUUAAUAAUUGCUAAGAGAAGAAAGUUGUAUGUGACUAGCCAUUACAAAACAUUGUAAUGUUUUGAUUUAGUUUGUGUUUAGUUUAUUUUAUUUUUGAGGUAGGGUCUCACUCUAGCUCAGGCUGACCUGGCACUCAUUCUGUAAUCCCAGGCCGACCUCGAACUCACAGUGAUCUGCCUAUCUCUGUCUCCCAAGUGUUGGGAUUAAAGGUGCCCGCAUAUCCAUCUGUCAUUUAGUUUUUGGCAACUGCUCAGUUAAUGGUACAAGUAGAAAGGAUUUCUGUGUAUCCAAAAGUCCCCGGAAGUAGUUAUUCACAGUAGAACUUCCUUUCUGUUCAGAAUACCUGUUGUUUGAUGUAGGGGUUCUAGUUCAGUAGUAGAGCAUUUGACUACAGAAUACCUCUUGUUUGUUUCUUAAUAACAUUGUGUUUUUAUAUGGGAUACUCUGCUAUUGGUGAUUUAUAACCACUGCUGAGAAACAGUGCUAACAUGUCUACCUGAUACAAAAACAUUGAUCGGAGAAAAAAAAUACA